AGUCUUCUGAUCUCUAUCUUGAAAAUAUCUUUCAAACUCGCCAAACUCCAAACUCAACCCCAACUCCCAGAUAUUUUUCCCCCACCACGGCCCCAAAAGGAAGAAAAAGGGAAAAAGAAAGCAAAGAGGAGGGACAAAAGAAUAUCAUCGAACCACCACUUUUAUUUAUAACCCCGAAAAUCCCCCAAAACUAGCUCUCUGCAUUAAUAGCCACCUCCUCUCCUCUUCUUCUCUAGAUCUCUGUCCAGCGGUUUUCCGGUGUCGAAUGUCGAUGGAUUUGAAGGAGACCGGUGAUCACGCCGGGUUUUGGACCAACGAGAAGCACGUCAAAUUCCUUAAUUCCAUUGAAGCGGCCUUCGUUCAAACCAUGCUUGAAAAUGGUGGCUGCUCCCUGUUAAUGUAUGCCACUGAUCUUCGUCUUCCCCUCGACCGCUACCUCCCCGACAGCUCUGAGUCGACUCGCGAUCUAGAAAGCAAGAAAAAGACAAGGAAACCUGUGCAUUUCCACCAUGAUCUUGCUCAACCAAAUAUCACGAACGUUGUUAGCUCGGACGUGAAUGCUCAAAGAAGGUCAUCACAACCGUACGAUGCAUCUCAAGAUCAGGUGGUCCCACAGAUUGGAGAUAGAAAAGGUGAUAAGGUUGUUGCUACUUGAGAGUGGAGACUGCA